AAAGACAACUGUGAAGGCAACAGCGAAGACAACAACGAAGACAACAGUGAAGACAACAGUGAAGACAGCAGCGAAGACAAAAGCGAAGACAAAAGCGAAGACAACAGUGAAGACAACAGCGAAGACAACAGUGAAGACAACAGUGAAGACGACAGUGAAGACGACAGUAAAGACGACAGCGAAAGCAACAGUGAAGACAACAGCAAAGACAACAGUGAAGACAACAGUGAAGACAACAGCGAAGACAACAGCGAAGACAACAGCGAAGACAAUAGUGAAGACAACAGUGAAGACAACAGUGAAGACAACAGUGAAGACAACAGCGAAGGCAACAGUGAAGACAACAGUGAAGACAACAGCGAAUACAACAGCGAAGACAACAGCGAAGGCAACAGUGAAGACAACAGUGAAGGCAACAGUGAAGACACCAGCGAAGACAACAGCGAAGACAGCAGCGAAGGCAACAGCGAAGACAACAGUGAAGACAACAGUGAAGACAACAGUGAAGACAACAGUGAAGACAACAGCGAAGACAACAGUGAAGACAACAACGAAGACAACAUCGAAGACAACAGCGAAGGCAACAGCGAAGGCAACAGUGAAGGCAACAGCGAAGACAACAGUGAAAACAACAGCGAACAACACCACACAGGAAUGACAGUAGCACUUGUACCAGAACCAACUGCAAAGGCACCACAACGAAUACAAAGGAAACAACAGUCUCUGGAACGCCACAGACAACAGCAACAGCAGCAACAACAACAACAACGACAACGACAACGACAACGACAACGACAACGACAACGACAACGACAACGACAACAACAACAACAACAACAACAACAACAACAACAACAACAACAACAACAACAGCACCAACAAUGGCAAAAAAAUAAGAAAACCUUUGGGCUGCCGCAGAAAUGUGCAACACAAUAAAGACG